GGUCUGAGAGGAGCGCAACAGCCGAGAGAGGGGGUAGAGAGAGAGAGAGAGAGCGAGAACGCAGGGGGUUGCCAGUUUUUGUCCCAAUCCUACACUUGUAGAGAGUGCCUCUCUCUUCCAGCGAGGAUGGAGAACGCGCACACCAAGGAGUCGCCGGACGUUCUGGCCUACUUCGGCGUCACCGAGGAGACCGGCCUCUCACCCGACCAGGUCAAGAGAAACCUGGACAAGUAUGGCUUCAACGAGCUGCCAGCAGAGGAGGGAAAAAGCAUCUGGGAGUUGGUGGUGGAACAGUUUGAAGACUUGUUGGUCAGGAUCCUGCUGCUGGCCGCCUGCAUCUCUUUUGUUCUGGCUUGGUUUGAAGAAGGCGAGGAAACUGUCACUGCCUUUGUAGAGCCCUUCGUCAUCCUCCUCAUCCUCAUUGCUAAUGCUGUGGUUGGAGUGUGGCAGGAGCGCAAUGCGGAGAGCGCCAUUGAGGCUCUGAAGGAAUACGAGCCUGAGAUGGGCAAGGUUUACCGGGCGGACAGGAAGAGUGUGCAGAGGAUCAAGGCCAGGGAGAUUGUGCCUGGUGAUGUGGUGGAAGUCUCAGUUGGUGACAAAGUGCCAGCUGACAUCAGAAUCAUCUCGAUCAAAUCUACAACCCUGCGCGUGGACCAGUCCAUUCUUACCGGUGAGUCUGUCAGUGUGAUCAAACACACUGAUGCCGUCCCAGAUCCCAGAGCUGUGAACCAGGACAAGAAGAACAUGCUGUUCUCUGGCACCAACAUUGCUGCCGGCAAAGCCACUGGUAUCGCUGUUGCAACCGGUGUGUCCACUGAGAUUGGUAAGAUUCGUGACCAGAUGGCUGCCACUGAGCAGGAGAAGACACCUCUGCAGCAGAAACUGGACGAGUUUGGAGAGCAGCUUUCCAAGGUCAUCUCCCUUAUCUGCGUGGCUGUGUGGAUGAUCAACAUUGGCCAUUUCAACGACCCUGUCCAUGGAGGCUCCUGGCUCCGCGGUGCUGUCUACUAUUUCAAGAUUGCCGUAGCCCUGGCUGUGGCUGCCAUCCCUGAGGGCUUACCUGCUGUUAUCACCACCUGUCUGGCUCUGGGUACACGUCGCAUGGCCAAGAAGAACGCCAUCGUCAGAAGCCUCCCCUCCGUGGAGACCCUGGGCUGCACCUCUGUUAUCUGCUCUGAUAAGACCGGCACCCUUACCACCAACCAGAUGUGUGUAACUAAGAUGUUCAUCAUUGACAAGGCUGAUGGAGACAGUGUUACUCUUGGACAGUUUGACAUCUCAGGCUCAAAGUAUACCCCCGAGGGAGAAGUCACCAAGGGUGGCAGCUUUGUGAAAUGCGGCCAGUAUGACGGUCUGGUUGAGCUGGCCACCAUCUGCGCUCUGUGCAAUGACUCUUCUCUGGACUACAAUGAGUCCAAAGGCAUUUAUGAGAAAGUGGGUGAAGCCACAGAAACAGCCCUGUCCUGCUUGGUGGAGAAGAUGAACGUGUUCAACACUGAAGUGCGUGGCCUGUCCAAGGUGGAGAGGGCCAACGCUUGCUGUAAUGUGAUCAAGCAGCUGAUGAAGAAGGAGUUCACCCUGGAGUUCUCCAGAGACAGGAAGUCCAUGUCCGUCUACUGCUCCCCUGCCAAGUCCUCCAAAGCCCCAGUGGGAAACAAGAUGUUUGUCAAAGGUGCUCCAGAGGGAGUCAUUGACCGUUGCGCUUAUGUGCGCGUGGGCACCACACGUGUGCCCCUGACCGGCCCCGUCAAGGACCGCAUCAUGACAAUCAUCAAGGAGUGGGGCACUGGGCGUGACACCCUUCGUUGUUUGGCACUGGCCACCCGCGACACUCCUCUGAGGAGGGAGGAGAUGAACCUGGAGGACUCUACCAAGUUUGCUGACUAUGAGACUGACUUGACCUUUGUGGGCUGCGUUGGCAUGCUUGAUCCCCCUCGCAAGGAAGUUAUGAGCUCCAUUGAGUUGUGCAGGGCUGCUGGCAUCCGAGUCAUUAUGAUCACUGGUGACAACAAGGGCACAGCAGUGGCCAUCUGCCGUCGUAUUGGCAUCUUCUCCGAGGAGGAGGACGUUACAGGCAAGGCCUUCACUGGUCGUGAGUUUGAUGACCUGUCCCAAUAUGAGCAGAAGAGCGCCGUCCGCAAGGCUUGCUGCUUCGCCAGAGUGGAGCCGUCCCACAAGUCCAAGAUUGUUGAGUUCCUGCAAGGCUUCGAUGAGAUUACUGCCAUGACCGGUGAUGGAGUGAACGAUGCCCCUGCCUUGAAGAAGGCCGAGAUUGGCAUCGCCAUGGGCUCUGGCACUGCCGUUGCCAAGUCUGCCUCUGAGAUGGUCCUGGCUGACGACAACUUCUCUUCCAUCGUGUCUGCUGUUGAGGAGGGCAGAGCUAUCUACAACAACAUGAAGCAGUUCAUCCGCUACCUCAUCUCCUCCAACGUAGGCGAGGUCGUCUGCAUCUUCCUGACAGCUGCCCUUGGUCUGCCUGAAGCUCUGAUCCCUGUGCAGCUGCUGUGGGUCAACCUUGUGACUGACGGCCUGCCCGCCACUGCUCUUGGCUUCAACCCCCCUGACCUGGACAUCAUGGGCAAGGCGCCCCGUUCCCCCAAGGAGCCCCUCAUCUCUGGCUGGCUCUUCUUCAGAUACAUGGCCAUUGGAGGUUAUGUUGGUGCUGCAACUGUUGCAGCUGCUGCCUGGUGGUUCCUGUACUGUGAUGAAGGUCCCAUGAUCUCUUUCCAUCAGCUGUCACACUUCAUGCAGUGCAGUGAGGACAACGAGGAGUUUGCUGGCGUCCACUGCGAGGUGUUCGAGGCCGCUCCUCCAAUGACCAUGGCUCUGUCUGUGCUCGUCACCAUCGAGAUGUGCAACGCUCUCAACAGCUUGUCUGAGAACCAGUCCCUGUUGCGCAUGCCCCCCUGGAGCAACGGCUGGCUGGUGGCUGCCAUGAGCCUGUCCAUGUCCCUCCACUUCAUGAUCAUCUACGUCGACCCCCUGCCUAUGAUCUUCAAGCUCACUCAUUUAAAUGUAGAGCAGUGGUUGAUGGUGCUCAAGCUCUCCUUCCCCGUCAUCCUCAUCGAUGAGCUGCUCAAGUUCGUGGCACGCACAUAUCUGGAGGUUUAAAACUGUUUCCCCCCUCCUCCAUAUCCCUGUAACACAACAAGGGAAAGUCUAGAGGAGAAGUGCAACAGAGAGCGCGGACGAGACAAACUGAGACAGAGAAGAUGGAGAGAAAAGGCUGAGUGGGCCAACAGAGAGAGCGUGCCAACAGUCACUUGGAGUGAUCAAAAAAUCAAGUGGCAUGAAUACAAAAGAUCGAAACCACAUAAGCCAUCUGAAAAAGAAAAAAAAAAACACCAAAAGAAGCUGCAAAAUAUUUUUUCUGUAUAUGUACUGAAAUUAAUAUAUAGGUGAGUUAUUAAAG